GGGAAGCCUGCGGAGCAGAGGGCGCUGGGUGCCCGGCGGGUCAUCGCCUCUGCGGGAGACCCCUCCAGGAUGGGGGUGGGAGGAGCGGGAGUAACCAGUUGAAAAGGAGGGAGAGGUUGGGGAGAUGGAUCUGAAAGACCCAGAAGCCGGUGGGGACUUUCACUUGGGACCCCGGCAGGACCCGGGAAGGCCAGGUGCGGAUACCGAAGAGGGGCAGCACGUCCAAGCAGGCCGACUGAAUGAAUGAUUGCUCCGCCUGGCCGUCCUCGGGCGCGCUUGACUGACGAGGACGCCGCGGGAAAGGCUUGGAGAGCCAGGAGGUGCCAGGACUCAGGCUGUUCCUGGAGGGCCCGCCCGAAGCGCUGGAGUCCGCAGGCGUCAUCAGCCGCCGGCUGGAGGCAGAGUUGGGGGCAGGCUUGUCCCACCGACCCCGCGGGAUGGCCCCGCCCCGGGGCCGAGGGGAGGCCCCACGUGGGGGGGCGGAGUUGCUACCGCCCCCUCCGACGCCCUGGACUGCGGCCCCUUUUUAAGCCCGCGAAGCAACUGGCUGCCCCCCUCUAGCUUCUCCUGCCAGUCUCCCUCUUGCGUGAUGGCCUCGGCACUGAGCUAUGUCUCCAAGUUCAAGUCCUUCGUGAUCUUGUUCGUCACCCCGAUACUGCUGCUGCCACUCAUCAUCCUGAUGCCCACCAAGUUUGUCAGGUGUGCCUACAUCAUCAUCCUCAUGGCCGUUUACUGGUGCACAGAAGUCAUCCCUCUGGCUGUCACCUCCCUCAUGCCUGCCUUGCUUUUCCCGCUCUUCAAGAUUCUGGACUCCAAGCAGGUGUGUGUCCAGUACAUGAAGGACACCAACAUGCUGUUCCUGGGCGGCCUCAUCGUGGCUGUGGCCGUGGAGCACUGGAACCUGCACAAGAGGAUUGCCCUGCGCACGCUCCUCUGGGUGGGGGCCAAGCCUGCACAGCUGAUGCUGGGCUUCAUGGGCGUCACGGCCUUCCUCUCCAUGUGGAUCAGCAACACGGCCACCACGGCCAUGAUGGUGCCCAUUGUGGAGGCCGUGCUGCGGCAGAUGGAGGCCACAAGUGCAGCCACCGAAGCCAGCCUCGGGGCCCUGGAGCUGGCUGACAAGGGCAAGGCCGGUGAGCUGCCAGGGAACCAGGCACAUUUUGAAGGCCCUGCCAUGAGGCAGGAGGGAGCCCAUGACAGGAAGAACAUCUGCAAGGCCAUGACCCUGUGUGUGUGCUACGCGGCCAGCAUUGGAGGCACUGCCACCUUGACCGGGACAGGACCCAAUGUGGUGCUCCUGGGCCAGAUGCAAGAAUUGUUUCCUGACAACAAAGACGUCGUGAACUUUGCUUCUUGGUUUGGAUUUGCCUUCCCUAACAUGCUGAUCAUGCUGCUGCUCGCCUGGUUGUGGCUCCGGUUUCUUUAUAUGAGAUUCAGUAUUAAAGAGUCCUGGGGCUGCGGGCUGGAGAGGAAGAAUGAGGAGAAGGCUGCCCACGAGGUGCUCUGGGCGGAGUACAGGAAGCUGGGGCCCCUCUCCUUUGCUGAGGUCAACGUACUGCUCUGCUUCUUCCUGCUGGUCGGCCUGUGGUUCUCCCGGGACCCCGGCUUUAUGCCCGGCUGGCUGUCGAUCGCCUGGGUGGAGGGCCAGACAACGUACACCUCCGAUGCCACCGUGGCCAUCUUUGUGGCCAUCUUGCUAUUCAUUGUGCCCUCGCAGAAGCCCAAAUUCAACUUCUGCAGCCAGACUGAGGAAGACAGGAAAACUCCAUUUUAUCCGCCUCCACUGCUGAAUUGGAAGGUGGCCCAGGAGAAAGUACCCUGGGGCAUCGUGCUGCUCCUGGGGGGCGGCUUUGCUCUGGCUAAAGGAUGCGAGGCCUCGGGGCUGUCAGAAUGGAUAGGGAAGCAGAUGGAGCCCUUGCAUGCUGUGGCGCCGGCAGCCAUCACCUUGAUCUUGUCCUUGCUCACUGCUGUGCUCACCGAGUGCACAAGCAAUGUGGCCACCAUCACCCUGUUCCUGCCCAUCUUUGCCUCCAUGUCACGUUCCAUUGGCCUCAACCCGCUCUACAUCAUGAUCCCCUGUACCCUGAGUUCGUCCUUUGCCUUCAUGUUGCCUGUGGCCACCCCACCUAACGCCAUCGUGUUUUCCUAUGGACACCUCAAGGUUUCUGAUAUGAUGAAAACAGGACUUAUGAUGAACAUAAUUGGAAUUUCCUGUGUAUUUUUGGCCGUCAACACCUGGGGACGGGUCAUGUUUGACUUGGACAAUUUCCCCGAGUGGGCUAACGCGACUGCACAUUGAGACUUAGGAAAAGCCAUGAGACCACGACCACGACCCCACACUCCGGAGAACUCCCGAAACUUCCAGUACACCUUGCAGCAGAGCUUUGGCCACCCCCAUGGUGAUCCCAUGAUGACCACACCCUACAGAGACCCAGCCAAUGGGCCACAUCUUCCUCCACGCCCAGGGUCACAGCUGGGGACAGGUGCCUGGAGGGUAGUCUUGGAAGUGAAGGGUGCCUCCCAAGGGGCUGCUGGUGUCCAUCUCUCCUGGGUCCUGCCAUCAUCUCUGGGAUGGGCAGGGUCCUCCCCAACUCAGUCUAGAGCUAGCCCCACGCUGGGCUCUGGUGUCUACUCAUCAUCUAAAUAGGACUCAGAUCCUAGUUUGAGAGGUGAGCAAACAACCUUCCAGAGCCUGUGCCUCUCCCAGCUUACCCUGGGCUGCCUCAGAUCACCCCUGUCACUCGGAAAGGACAACCCAGCCCAGGGACAGAACGCCUGGUCCUGGGCGGCUUCCCGCUGCUGCAGUGAGAGUGGGAACCAGCAGGAGUAUGGUGGAUCUGAGUCGAUAACUUCUGGGCCAUGCCACCCACAGCACCCCACGGCUACCGGCUCCACUUUAACGGACAGUUUGGACCCCCUUCGCAGCUCUGCGGGACAUCUCCUUCAGUCCCUAGGCCCCUCUGUCGUCCUGCUGACGUUUGUUAGAAUCUGCCCUUCUUCUCCUCGGCAGGUCAAUUUGGCUCUUCCAGGAGAUGCUUUUCCUGCCCCCCACCCCAACCCUGAUGGCUGGGAUCACGCUCCACUACGGGCAGUGAUGGCUCCUUUGGGGCCACAAUUGGGGGUCCAGGUGCUCCCUCACCUGCAGGUCCAGAGGGGACACUUGUUAAUUACCAAGAGCAGGGUUCCUUCAGAGUUUGUCUGUCAUGCUGGAGUUUGGUUUCCUCUGGGGAAAGACUCCCCUUGCCGACAGCCAAGACUGGUGGUGACAGAGCAGCGCUGAGAACAAGCAACGCCUGGUGGUCCCGGAGCAGAUAGUCCCUGUCCAUGAGUGAAUCUACCUGAAGUUGCUGGGCAAAGACUCCAGAGUGGCUGGGAACCCUCAGAUCCCCUGUGAGAGAUACAUGGGAGACUCCCACACUCUUGCCCACAACUCAGUUUUAUUUUUCUCUUGCACUGCUCCAUUGGUGGUAUUUUUCAGAGCAGGAGAAGGUAUGGGAACCCAAGGGACUGCCCCCCACCCCCUGCAAAGGACCAAGCAUGUACCACCUGGUUCCACCUUAUUCCUUGGGUGGGAUGAUUCCUGACCAUCCCAUCUGUCUCCCAUGGAAGGUGCACUGAGCUGUCGGGGGUGGGCGGGGUGAGUGGAUGAAGAGCACUCACUGCUCACCUCCUGUGUGCCGGGCCUCCCCGGCCCUGGUGUGUCUGUCUGCUAGUUAUCACUUGACCUUUGCCGUAGCCUGUGAGAUAGGCAGGCAUUAUUAACCUCAUCUGGCUUUCAUUAAUACUGGGGCUAAGACAGGCCAAGUCAUGUCCACAGUCACGCAUCAAGUUAGUGGCAGUUGAGGUUCCAAUCCAGAUCUUCACUGCCAUGUCCGCUGCUGCUUCCUCUAGCUAUUAAGGACCUUGGCCUUGUAGGGCCUGUGGGGAAAGGUGGUGGCCAAGUGCAAAUCCACCCCAAGGCCCUGCCUGCUCAGGGAUCAUCAACAAGAGCCCCCUUCUGCUGCCUCCUCUGAGAUGGACUCAAGUCAGUCCUGGAGCAGACAAGGCUGGUCUUUGCCUGCAGAAGCCAAGCCUUUGGUUGGAGAGAGCAAUAUGAACAUGGCUCCCUGCUCCCCCACAAGAUAAAACUGAGCCACCCCUCUAUCAGUGCUCCCUACACUGUGAGGGCCCCCGGGACUCACACUGCCCUUUGGGUCCUGUGCCGGCCCUAUGGCUGAGCCACAGCAGGCCACCACAAGUGUGAUCGGUAAAUAAAUGAUUAGUUCAGUGUGGUCAAUUAGAUGCAUGCCUGGUGGUAGUGAGCAAGGUCAGUGAAGGUCAUCUGGUGGGCACUGAAGGCUGAGUGGGACUGGCCAGACUGAUGGGGGAGGAAGUGGUGGGGUUGAUGGAAGGGCAGGGGGACUGCAUCAGGUUGAGGGGUGACAAGAAAGCUGGGCGGGGUUUUGGGAGAGUGGAUAUCAAGGUUGAGGAGGUUGACCAGUUGGGAUCCUUUCCUGUCCCUCUGAGCUGAGAACCUCCUUAGGGAAAGACCUGGGCCACCUCCUCUGGCAGGGCCAGUGAGCAGGGCAUGCCCUGGAACAGGUAAGGCCUUUUCCCCUCCCCACCAUCUCUCACACACAAAAAUAACGGUAGUUUGCUCUGGACUCCAAGCAGCGAGUCAGCCCAUUAGCAGAGUCCAAUUCUCAAAAUGAAUGCAGAUUUUCUCAGGUAGGACCCUUGAUGGCAUGUUCUUGUUUGUGGAAAUAAAGACAAAUGCUGGAUUGUCUGGUUAAAAACUACACCCAGCAGUCUUCUUCUUAGCUAGGAACUCCUUCUUCUAGCCUACUCUAUCUAGCCUACCUAUCUAGCCUUCUCUCCCCUACUCCCACAUCCUCUUAAAAGCCUUGUGCUCCAACCCGAGGAAACUUCUUUUAACAUAAAAAAAAAAUCCAUCAAAAUAAAUCUCCCAUACCAUUGGAUGAGUUUUUACAUUCUUCAACAGAAAGCUUAUCAUUUCUGGUGGAAGUCCCUGAUUUCAGAUAGAUAUUCAGUUUACUUCCCUGAUUCAGGUUCUCACGCCCCUGCCCCAGGAACACCUUCCAGGCGGUUCCCUGCUAUGCCGGGCAGACUCACACUUCCACCCUCAGAAAUACAGGCCGCCCAUGGCUGGCAGUCUCAGAGCAGCAUUUAUGUCCCUGCCUCCAGCUAUCAAAGGUAGAGAAAUACUACAGUCUUAGAACACUGCUGUCCAAUCAAGAAAUUUUAACAGUUUUUAUAACUAAAAAGUUACCAUGAACACAGCGGAAGAAAUUUCAACCAUGCAAAAAAGUAUUGAGACAUGUUUCUCCACUUCAGACCUUGAGGCCUCCAUGCCCCACCAGAAAGGCAACCACUGUCCGACAGUUUCUUAUGUGUCCUUCUAGAAAUGCUACAGGUACAGUUGGUCCUGUAACGCAGGGGAUGGUUCCAGUACCCUCUCCGGAACCAAAACCCACGGAUGCUCAAGUCCCUUAUAUAAAACAGCCUAGGAGGGUCUGCCCUCGGUAUCUGUGGAUCCCGCGUGGCAGUUGGUUGAAUCCACAGAGGCGGAACUUGUGCACACAGAGGGCAGACUGCAUACAUGUGUAUGUAACAGAUAUUUAGCAUUUUAUUACAUCUGGGAGCAUACUAUGCACAUUUUCUGUCCUUGUUUCUACCCCUCUCCCUUAAUUCACUGGGAGAUCAUUCUAUUUCAGGACAUAUUAAGUUUGACUCCCCCCCCAUUUAAUAGUUAAUUUUGUUUUUAAAUUGAAGUGAAAUUAAUUUCAGUGAACUGCAGACCUUAAGUGUACAAUUCAACGAUUUAGACAACUGUGUAUACUGUGUAAGCAACACCCCAUUUCCAUCUCCUUACCCUCUGAAGGUUCUCUUGCCCUUCCCAGGAAUCUGCACCUUCUUGAGGCAACCACUCUUCUGAUUUCUGUCACCAUGAGCUGGUUUUGCCUGUUGAAAUUCAUGUAAAUGGCAUCAUAUAGUACACACUCUUGUGUCUGAUUUAUUCUGCUUAACAAAAUGUUUCUGAAAUUCAUUCUUGUUGUGUAACCAUUUAUUCUUUUUAUCAUUGUUGUUAAGUAGUGUUUCACUGUGUGAAUAUGCCACAAUUUGUUUAUUCCCCUUUGAUGGACAUUUGGGUUGCUCCAGUUGAGGGCUCUCUGAAUAAAGCUGUUAGAAAAUUCUC